AUGAAGGAGUUCCACCUCCGAGCUGAGCUUCGGGGCCAUGACGAAGAUGUCCGUGGCGUAUCAGUAUGUGCCCUAGGUGUUUUGACUGGAAGCAGGGACAAGACCGCCAAAGUAUGGGUGGAGGACUCCCCCGCCCCCGAGGCCGGCACAUCUUCAUCUGGGCCCCGCGGCGGCACCGCCGGUUUCAGCCUGGCGCAGACGCUGGUCGGCCACACGGACUUUGUAUGCCCUGUGCUAUACGCUCCGCCGGGGGCUCUGAGCGACUACCCUCAGGGCGCGAUCAUCACGGGCUCCCGAGAUAAGACGGUUCGCGUGUGGGACCCGCAGACUGCAGCCUGCCUUGCCGUACUUGAGGGCCACGAGUACCAGGUCACAGCGCUGGGGCUGCUUCCCCCAUCGGGGGGAGAGGGGCAGGCGGAGGGCGGCGCUCUCGUGUCGGCUUCGCUGGACAAGUAA